GCGCAGGACCAGGGUGGAGCGCAGUCCACGCCUCUCGUGUUUUUGUGCGCACCUUCCGCCGUGCGCUCGAAGCUCAGCUCAAUUUAGGAGCCAGCUGGUUCGGACAAGGGAGCGUUUCGAACGAUCGACCGAGCACCGAGCAAGAGAUGAUGCUUGCGGAGCCGCUGCGUUCGGCCAUGACGAUCGGGAGAGUCGAGGACACGUCGCUGGCUCUGCCGUCCGACGCCAGGCUGCACACUGGGGCGCACCGCGUGCUGGAUCAAGUGCAGACCAUCAAGAGGAGCAAAUCAAAGCAGGGCAAGAACGGCACUCCUACAAGCCCCACUGUGUCGCCCUUGUCGCCACUGGACGAGUUUGGAACAUUCCAGUUUUUGCCCGCCAAAGCCAAUGGCACCUUUGGUCGCAGCGUCUCAACCAAGUCGGCAGCGUACAACAAAGCGCAAUAUGCCCAAAAGAGUCGGUCUCUGUCCACAAAAAGCCUGGGAGCAAGACACCUCAGCACCACUGGUGGAUGGGAACAACAAAUCAAUGCUUCCAACUGGCCUCAAAGUCCCGUCGGGAUGAAACCCAGCCGCAGUGAUCCCGCCUUGGCCGCUGCGAGCAUCAGGAGAGCCAAAGGGCAAAGCACCCAGACUCAAGUCAAGAGACUUAGCACCUACUCCACGAGCAAUGGCUACAACACGGCAAUGGGCCAACAGCGGUUUUCGGAAGCGCCUCCCGACCAGUCUCAGUUCAUCAAAACGUCCAGGAUGGAACAGCAAUCGGCCAUCAACAGUUCACUGAAUGCAUCGGAUUUGACAAUCAAGGAAGCUGUCGAGUUCUUGUCUCACCCUGAGGAGAAGUUCCAGCAGUGUGGUGCCACCAUCAUUCAACAAACCACUUUUAAAGACGAUCGUGCCAAACAAGAGGUUCUCCAGCUUGGCGGGAUCCCCACUCUGGUGACUCUACUGCGCAGCCCCAGUCCUGCUGUGAGUCAGGCCGCCGCUGGAGCCUUGAGGAACCUGGUGUUCAAGAACCACAAGAACAAGCUGCAGGUUCAACACUGCGGCGGUAUCGCCAAAGCCCUGCAGUUACUCAAGGAGACCGACUGUAGUGAGACACAGAAGCAGAUCACAGGCCUGCUGUGGAACUUGUCCUCCGCCGACGAGCUGAAGGGGGAACUUAUCGCCACGGCGCUGCCCGCCCUGACCGAGAACGUGGUGGUGCCGUUCACCCGCUGGUCGGACGACAGCGUCACCAACAACAUCCACCCUGAGGUUUUCUACAACACCACCGGGUGCCUGCGCAACCUGAGCUGCGCUCAAGUGAGAGAAAGGACGGCCAUGAGAGACUGCCGUGGACUUAUCGACUCACUCAUGUGCUACCUUCAGUCCUGCGUGGCUGACAACAACCCCGAUGACAAGUCUGUGGAGAAUUGUGCAUGCAUCCUCCAUAAUUUGACCUACCAGCUGGAGACCGAGUCCCCCAAGUGCUUUGCUGACUUCAUCCCUUCGACAGAGAGCCAAUCUGGCAGGAGAAGCCCGACGGUCGGAUGCUUCAGCCCCAAGAGCGGCAAGGUUCAAAAGCAGUUUUCAUUUGAUAACGUUCGAGGAAUGCUCAAGGAAGGUGACCCUACAGGCGCCAAGUGGUUAUGCCAUCCCAAAGCCAUGCAGACCUACUUGUCUCUGCUCAGCUCGUCCCAGAAAGACGCCACCUUGGAGGCGUGCUGCGGUGCGCUGCAGAACCUGACUGCCAGCAAAGACCUUGGGUCCAGUGCCAUGAGCCAGAUUCUGGUUCAGAAGUUGGGGGCUCUGAUGCACAUUGCCCCUCUGUUGCGGUCACCUAAGUCAAGCCUGCAGAAGGCCGCUGUGUCCCUGCUGGGUAACAUUGGUCGAACCAGCGGCUUGCAGGCCACCAUGGCAAAGCAGGUUUUGCCAGAGCUCACCAGCCUCCUCGCUGCCGGCCCCCGAGAGCUGGGCAACUCUGAUGAAAACAUAGCGACGGCUUGCAACACAGUGCGCAAUCUCAUGAUGGCGGACACGGAGGUCAACAAGAAGUUUAUCGAUGCUGAUUUGGUGUCAUCACUGGCUGACCUCAGUGGGAAUGGCUCUUUUCCCAAAGGCAGCAAAGCAGCCUCUGUGCUCCUCUACCACUUAUGGAAUGACAAGAACUUACAAAGCAUCUUGAAAAAGAUAGGAAUGAGCAAGUCAUUAUUCGUCAACGACAGCACAACGGCGGCGUACAGGUCCGUGCAGAUUAUCGAGUGAUGUGGAAACUGGGGAGCGACGCCACGUUUGCCCAGAGGUAUAUUAUUGGAAUGCCUGUGUGUUCACAUUUGAGGGUUGGUAAAUGCAAAGCAGUGGGAUUAAUUCCUCCUUUCAUUUUGCCUCUGCCUCUUUUCAUGGAUGUUUGUGUGUGCGUCUAGAUGGAAGUCAGCAUGUUAAGACACUGUUGAGGCCACGCCCUUGCGACAUGCAGGAUAAAAUUAUCGCCUUCACAACCGGCGCGCUGACAGGGCUUUAGCAAAUCUGAAUCUUAUCAUUGCGCUACAUAUUAUGUUGGAAGAAAAAAAAACCUUUGAAACAUCAUUAUUAAUCCCGCGGUGUUGUAUGUAUUUAAUUUGUAUUGGUUUGCAUUUGUGUAUAGAAAUGGGCAAGUGUGUUUAGUUUUUUUUUUUUUUUUUUUUUUUGCUUGGUUAACUUGCGUGUGAGGUUUUUUUAUGGCUUCUGUUGAGUAGUAUGUGUAUGUAGUGAAAAGGUUAAAUAUAUCACUUAUAAUCACUUCUUCCUUGUGAUCUUGAGGACUCAGGAGAUGAUGAUGAUUAUGAAUGAAAGAAAAAUGGGAACGUGUGCUUUGUUAAUUUAAUUUCUUGCUAAACACUGAGUUACGGGGAAAUUGUUUUAGCUUUCCAAAAUGAUAUUAAAGGAGAAAUCUAUCCCAUGUAAGACAGUUAGCCUAGCCUGGCUUGGUAUAAGUUAGCAUUAGCCUUUAAAUCCGGAGGAGACGUUAGGAUCUCCUCAAAUGAUCACGACUUAAAAUGUUCUAACUCAUUGGUAUAUUUUGAAACAUGAAAAUAGUACAAACCAUGUUAUACUGUGGAAACAUGUGACACAGUUACAUUGUGUUUGCUAUAUUAACCGCUACUGGCAACUCAUUAAACUCACCGCGACAGUAUAUUUACCGAUGUGUAAAAUUAACUCUGAAUGUUCCUUUUCUGUUAAUGUUAUAAGCAGGCAAAUUAAUAGAUUUAUAUUUCAUGUUAUACCUUGCUUAUUUUUUAACAUGUUUUUUUUCUGUUUUAUGAAUAAAAUGAGGAAUUCAAAACACAGAA